AUGAAAGAAUAUGCGGAUGUGGCUGCGGAUGCAGUGGAUGAGAUGAUGGAGUGUGGUGGUGAUGGAAAUGUCGACAACUCUGGGCAGAAGAGGGUCGGAUUCGCCCAAACCUUCGCCCUUGCUUUCUACCUCGACUCAGCGCACCUGGAAGCCAAAACAGUACGCGGCGCGGCACAACGCAGCACGAUGAGCCCUUUGUGCGUGGAAAUCGAGCUGAAAUCAGCCUCGGAGAUGCAGCGACGCUGUAUGAAUAAGAAUUUCGGCGGCUGCCACAGCUGA